AUGGCUUCGUUCUCAAAAGAUGAGCUUUCAUUUGUUAAUGAAAUACCUGAUCAAAUUGAGAUAGAGUGUCCAGUUUGUCUUCAUAUCUUUACAGAUCCUCAUCAGGUGAGCUGCUGUGGACAUAAUUUCUGCAAGUCUUGUAUUGAGAGAGUAAAGCAUGAUAAUGGAUCCUGUCCUAUGUGUAAAGAGGAGGCGUACCAAUCCUUUGCAGAUAAAAAUAUCAGUCGAAUCAUUAACGGGUUACAAGUAUAUUGUACCAAUGAAGUGGAAGGUUGUCAAUGGAAAGGAGAUUUGAAGUACCUGCCCACUCACCUUAAUAAAGGGAAGAGAGAAGGAGAUUGUCAAUUUGAAGAGUUCAAAUGUCGAUAUUACGAGUGUCAAACAAAAGGUCAACGUCAGCAUCUUAACGUUCAUGAGGAGGAGUGGUGCUACCAACGACCGUACAGUUGUGAGCAUUGCUAUACAGAAGUCACAGUUAACAGACGUGGUGAUGUUGUUCAUUUCUAUACUGAGCUUGGUGGUCAUCAUAUGUCAGCUGCCUUUCUUGAACCAAGACUCUACCUUGCGUUUCAUAAUGGAAAGUUUGAUAAACUCCGUGCAUUUUCCCAGCCUAAAAUUUUAUUGAAAUAUGAUGGUAUUGAUGCACAGCCUGUACAGAUAAAGUCUUAUAGAAAA